CCUACACUAUUUCUUUAAAAAAAAUAAUCAUAACCUAAAAAUGGCAAUAUUUGUAAAACUGUAAAUAAAAGCCAUAAUUGUAAUAAAUAUGAGUGUUUUCAUAAGACACUACAAUCCCGGUAGCGUUUACAACGCUAAAAUAUGGCGUUUCGCUUCAACAACCGCGGAAACUCCGAAACUAACGAACGGAGAAGAUGAUGAAGAGUUUCGUGUUCUUGACAUUUUGAAGAAGAGGGAUAAACUUCAGCGGAGAGCCCCACGUAAGGCUGAUGUCCCGCCUGAUAGAGCGGAGAAAAUGCGCACAGACCAGAAAUGGGGUGACGUAUGGCCUGGGCCAAAGUCAUUUCACCCUUCAUCCGUACCUCUGCCUAUCAGACAAGGCUAUGUACCGAAAGGACAAGCACCUCCAGGCAAGAAAGCUAACGCUGAACUGAUGAAAAUACCCAACUUCUUACAUCUAACUCCACCAGUCAUAAAAUCACAAUGUGAAGCGAUAAAGAAAUUCUGCACAGAAUGGCCGAAACUAUUAAACUCUGAAGAAGCUAUUGAAAAGCAUUACCCGUUAGAAAUUAUAACUUCAGACUAUUGUCAUGCAAGUCCGGUGAUUCGUAAUCCGUUAUCUCGCAUUGUUAUACUUCGAAUCAAGCUAUCAGAUUUAAAACUCGAUAAACAUGCUAGAGACAAGUUUUUACGUCUAGUAGGUGAUAGAUAUGAUGGGCAAACCGAUUUGGUUACAAUAACAGCAGACCGUUGUCCGGUUAGACGGCAAAAUUUGGAUUACGUUAACUAUUUGCUAACUGCUUGUUACCAUGAAUCCUGGAAUUACGAAGACUGGGAAGGAGAUAAAACGUUGCAAGACAUGGAAUAUUACGAUUUUGAUAUGAACCAAUCAAAGAGGAAUUUGGUUAAUUGGCAUUUAUUAUGUUUAAAUGAAGAAAACAAUUUCAGUGAUGAAGAAAUUAAAUUGUAUGAUGUAGCAUCAAUACCUAAUGCUACAGAAUAUAUAGAAUCGGUUUCUUCACUUUUUAAUGAUGGCGAAAGUGAUGCCACAUUGAAAAAAUACGAUACAUCUGUCAGGAAGCUGUUAGGGUUGCCUGAUAAAAAAAUUGUAACAUAGUUUUAGUUUAAGUGUAAAAAUAAAAUGUAGUUUGUA